GCCGCAGUUCUGAGCGCUAUUCCCCGAAGAUGAACCCUUUAACUAAGGUGAAGCUGAUCAACGAACUGAAUGACAGAGAGGUCCAGCUUGGGGUGGCGGAUAAGUUGUCCUGGCACUCCGAGUACAAGGAUAGCGCCUGGAUCUUCCUGGGAGGGCUUCCUUAUGAACUAACUGAAGGGGACAUCAUCUGUGUGUUCUCGCAAUAUGGGGAGAUUGUUAACAUUAAUCUUGUGCGGGACAAGAAGACCGGGAAAUCCAAAGGAUUCUGUUUCCUCUGCUAUGAAGACCAGAGGAGCACAGUUCUGGCCGUUGACAAUUUUAAUGGGAUCAAGAUCAAAGGAAGAACUAUCCGAGUGGAUCAUGUGUCUAACUAUCGAGCUCCUAAGGACUCAGACGUGGAUGAUGUGACCAUAGAGCUCCAGGAGAAGGGCUGUGGGGCCCCUACCCUCCCACUGAGUUUGUCUGAGAGCUCUGAAGAUGACAAACCCACAAAAAAGCACAAAAAAGACAAAAAGGAAAAAAAGAGAAAAACAGACAAAGAGAAGACUGACCAAGAGGUACAGGUAGAACAGCCAGCCUCCUCUUCAUCGCCCAGAAGCAAGACAGUAAAGGAAAAGGAUGACGCUGGCCCUAAGAAACACAGCAGCAAGAACUCAGAGAGGGCUCAGAAGUCAGAGUCCAGGGAGGGGCGGAAGUACCAGCCCGGUUCCCCUGAGGUCAGGACUGCCUGCCGUGGGGGAGAAGAAGACCUGGACAGGGAGUCGAAGAAGGAGAAACCCAAGCAUGAGCACAAGUCCUCAAGCAGGAAGGAGGCAAGAGAAGAAAAGAAUAGAGAUCAGGACAGAGGGCGAAGCUUGGACACACACUCUAGCUGCCACAACGGGCGUCCUGAGGGGUGUAGUCAUAGAAGCAGAAGCCAAGAUAAGUCCCACAGGCAUAAAAGGGCCCGGCGCUCCGGGGAGCGGGAGUCCUUGAAUCCUAUUGACCGCAGGCAUCACUGAACCCUGCUCAGCUGCUCGGUAGAUUUGGAAAUGAAUUAUGUUUUUUUAAAUGCAAACAAAUUUACCUAUGCUGUUUUUAUAUAUAAAAAUCUCUGGGGUCAAAUUCUUUUAA